GAAAAGAAAAAAAAAAAAAGAAACUGGAAAACAGAUAACAUGAAAGAAAGAAAGGAACCUGAAAAUGCAACUUAUUUUUGAAAAAUCCCCCUAACCUCUCUCUUUUCUCAAACAAAAAACCGACAAACAAAAAAACACCCCUUUCUUUUUUCAUAGUAUUAGAGCGACACUUUAAUACGGCCAUGGAUUCUCGUAUUGGAGGAAAAAUUGUAACAAAUAAACGAAAGAGAUACGCUGUUGGUCCUUACGACCGUCCACAACAACAACCACAGGUCGAAGAAGAACCGGUUCUUAAAAGCCCUAAUUGGCUGACAGGACAUGUAUUUCCUGCGACACGUACGAUUAUCUCUGGUGCUGCUAAGAUUUUGACAUCUGUCUUCAAUUCUGAUGACUCUUCCCAAUCUUCGUCUGAGUCUGAUACCGAUUCCAUGUUUGAGGAUGAUGCUAGAGAGGAGAACGAUAUUUGCUCAGAAGUGGAUGAGUUAAACAAGCAUCCUCAAUUAAGUGGAGAGAGAAGUCAAAUCAAGCACCUAAUUGAGCAGCUACUUAUGCAGGAGACAUUUUCAAGGGAGGAGCGUGAUCGGUUAGUAACGAUCAUCAACUCAAGGGUUGUGGAUUCUUCUUCAUUACCAGAAGGGGAAGGCAGUUUGGGUUUGCACUCCAAGGAUGAUACAUUGGACCACAGCAGUCAAGCAAUUAUAGAAGCGAGGAAAUGGUUAGAGGAAAAGAGAGACGGAUUGCGUUCAGAUGUUACUCUCGGAGGUUUAAGCUCUGUGCUUAAAGAUGUGGAUGAUACUUUUGGCUCACCUGUAGAAAUGGCCAAGUCAUAUAUGAAGGUUCGUCCACCAUGGGCGUCUCCUGCUGUUGAUCGUAGUGGACUUAGAACCCCCUCAAAAAUGAAGGCAAAGCUCUUUGACGAAGAAACACCAUAUACUGUCAGUGGUGAUUCUCUGUCUUCCUUGAAGAAAAAUUCUUAUGCAUCUGGCUCAUGGAAUAUUCAUGAGGAAAUACGAAAAGUCCGGUCAAAAGCAACUGAAGAUCUUUUACGUGCCCACCCUUCCAAGGAAACUCACUACCAAUUACGUUCCGUAGAACGCAAACUGGAACCAAAAUCUGCAGUUGGUGAUUUGACGGGAACCAGUACGGCAGAGAAGAGAAAUGACUCAAGUUCUUUGAGACUUGCUAAACUGUCAGAUGUACCCAUUAAGUGGUCAGAUGUGGAAAUAACACAAGAUGGUGGAGAAAGUGAGAGUGGGCCUUUAAAUCCUGCCUCUUCUAUUCAACUGCAAGAUCAGUGUUCAAACUUACAGGCUAUCGAGGCAAUUCGGGUUGGUGAGCAUGCUGCUUCUGAAUCUUACAGGCCUAAUGGUCCAGUUGUUUCCUCAGAGCACAAUGAUGGUCUUCAUAUCACUGGCUCUGACGCACAGGAAGAGGCUCAACCAAAUUUAGCGCAAAGUUCUAAUGGCUAUACAUCAUUAGAAGCUAGUUUGUCCGCAGGUCAAACUAGGGGACAAAAUGACGUGCAUGUUGGUGGUGAGAAGCCGAAACCAGGAACAUCAAGUCAGGACAAGUCGCCUAAAUCUAACCAAGUGGAAGAGAAGUGUGAGCUUCUUAGCGAAUCUGCUGUGGAUGUUCCUGACAUGAAUGAAACAACCGAGAGUCCCGCUGUUUCCAUCCCUAGUGAGGAUUUAUCGCAGGAGGAACCGGGUUUGGUACGUGACUUGGCAAAGAAUGGGAAAGUUGUGAAAAAGAGACCGGUGAGAAAUGCUCGAAAGACCAGAGCAAAGAGGUAAAUGAUGAGAUAAGUAGACCAGGCAGUCUGUAGACCUGAAGCUGUUGUAUAUUAGCUUAAAGGAGAAAUUUAAGCUAUUGUAGGAGGAUCCUUGAUUCAUCUUUCCUUUUUUUUCUUUUUUAAGACCACGUGUGUAGUAUUAAUCGUAAGUUCAUGUAGGACUCACCAUUCUCUCUCAUCUUGAAUACCCAUUUCUAAAUAGUAGAAAUUGAGGUUUUUCUUAACUCGCCUAUCGCUUUCUUGAGUUGAUAUUUAACUUGCACCCGAGGGAUUCAAUCUUCCGUGAGGUUUUAGCGGGAGUUCCUUUUUGAUGACCAUUUGCGAGUGGCUCAAGGGAUAAACAAGUCCCCUAUCCGAUUCUCUUCGUUGACAAUUUGAGAGAGAUCUGAACCAGGAGGCAAGUCUACUAAUCAAAUAGCGAUUUUCGUUGUCUUUUUCCCCCCUUAAGAGUGUAUUUGUUACUUCGUGCUUAUUCAGAUGUUUUAGAUUUUGAUUUUACGUCCCAACACAAUCAAGAUUUGAUCAUUUAAUGUAUCUCUAGUACCUUCAA